AUGGCGCCUUCGGGAUUUCUCCUGACUGGAGCCUCCUUUGCCGCCUUCCGGGGGCUGCACUGGGGGCUGCAGUUGCUGCCCAUGCCGGGAUCUGCUGCACAGAACCGCUGGAAGUGGCGGUACAUCGUAGUCUCGCUGAUGCACAGCCUGCUCACCGGGACCGGGACCGGGGUGCUGCUCCGACGACCGCCAACUGGAUUCAUGGCCACCGGCCCUGAGUCCUGCUGCUGGGGUCAAUGUCAGUGGAUCUGCAAGGAAGACUGGGCCAGUGAAGGGCAAAUUUUGAGUGGGAAUUUCAGGUCCCCUUCUCCCACCUCCAUAGGUUACUUCCUGGCCAAUGGAGCUUACAUGCUGUGGAACCAGAUCGGUCAGGCCUAGGAUCUUCUUUGUCACCAUUUGAUAAUGUGCUGCCUCAGCACCAUUGUUCUGUCUCAUUACUACAUGGGCUUCUUAGUGGUGUCUCUGCUGUUGAAGCUGAACUCUGCCUGCUUGCACCUACAGAAACUGCUGCUGCUUUCUCACCAAAUCCUCUUCCUAGCCUUCAGUGUGACCAGGGCCCUCUUCUACCUGAUAUUCCUAUGGUAGAUGAGUCUGUGGUUGCUCUGGCAGCAAUGUCAGGUGCCUCUUGCUCUGGUCAUCCUUGGUGGAACUGGACUGGUCAUUGUGUUGCUGCAAGUAUUACACUGUGUGUUGGAAUCCAGAUCAGUCAUCACUGUGGUCUUGGCCCCACCCUUCCUUGGGUUGAAGAAAACCAGGUGGACUAGAACAUGUGAUGUUGAGCCUGUCACCAGGGACAAUUCCAUUCUCAGCCUAAAAGUCUACAGAAAGUGGCAGGCUCCUCCUCUACCAGCCCUAGACAGGAGAUGGGGCCAGGAUAAGGAGAUGGUGACCUUUACUGAACAGUUCUCCAUGGGGAUAAAGACUGGACUACAGUAUCUCAGGUCCUCUUCCAGCUAA